CACAAGCAAGAAUGAAAAGAAAGCACCGGCUGUGCUGUACAUAAGCUAUAAGGUUAUUUCUGCCACUCUUUUAACAACUGAAAUCAUGCUGGUAAACCAAAGGGUGGCAUUGAUAGCUUUCAAAAGGUCAUCCUGUAAGACUUUGGCAGUAAUAUGAGGGGUUUUCUCAGCAGUUCUUACGAUGUGCCUGAUAACAGUUGAUGUAACUUUACUCUUCCUUCCACGUCCAGUGCUGAGUCUACUGAUCAGAUUGGGGCACCCAAGGCCUGUACUGACUCUGCAUCCUAACUCGCCUCUGAUAUUCACUGGAGAGACUGUCAGACUCAGGUGUUUUGGACAGAAAGGCAUAAGGAGCGGAUUCACAUGGUAUAAAACUAAACCACACAAUUGGACCCAAGUUUACAAAACUCCAAAAUGGACUGACGACACAUACACUAUCUCAUCUGUUACUGAAGCCCACAAUGGUUCAUACAAGUGCACUGAUUACUAUUUAUACAGUGAUGAUGUUACACUGUCUGUGUCAGACAAACCCCGGCCUGUCCUGACCAUCUCUCCACUCAAGCAGAUAUAUGCAGGCGAAACUGUCAGACUCUUUUGUGAGGUUACAGUGACAUCUGCUGGCUGGGAAUAUUACUGGUACAAGACGAUACAGAAAGGAACUGGAUCAUAUGAUAUUGCCCUUAUUGCCAGUACAGCCAAAAGUUUGCACACUGCUGCUCUUGCACACACAGCAGAGUACUUUUGUAGAGCUGGGAGAGGAAACCCAGUCUGGUACACAGAGUACAGUUACCCAGUCCACAUACAGGUAUCAGCACUACCUAAGGCUACUCUGACUAUAGAGCCAAAAUUGCGCCCACUGUAUACUGGAGAGACUGUCACCCUGAAGUGUGUGGUGGACUCCUACAGCAACUGGACAUAUUUCUGGUACAAAGAGCAGCCCCAGACAGCCAUAUCCUUCACUAAGGAGUACAAUGUAACCAUCUCUGGUGCUGCUGGGUCUGAGCAGGGGCAGUACUGGUGUGAGGGAAGGCUGGAGGGGAGGAAUGUGACAUCACAGCGAAGUGACUCCAUCACUCUGACUGCAGUCUCAGGCAAACUGGUGUUUGGUCUGGGCUCUGCCCCUCUCCUGUUAGCCUCCAUUAUUCUGUGCGUGAAAUGGUGCCGGAGAUCAGGUGAUGUCAUUUUACUGGGAUGCAUAUUUACUUUGUUCAUUCUCACUCACAGUUCUCUCAUCUGUUGAAUUUUUUACAUGUUUGUUGACGUGCAGGGUCAUCUAAUGAAGCAGCUGUCAAAUACACUGAAGAGAACGUGGAACCUGCGAUGUAAAUACUCCGCACAGAAGCUGGAUUAGUGUGCUUACAUGGAACGAAGAACGUUUGAGAGCUCAGGAUUAUUUUUUAUUGUGAUGUUUAUCAGCUUGCAUGAGGGGUUGCAGCAUUUUUCUCACUGACAGUUUAGUGGACGACCUGGACCCAACCCAUGGACUUCAUGACCAUAUAAGUAAAUAAAUGCUAUCCAUAAGUGUCUCCCAUUUUCCUACGCGCCCUUGUAGCCAAACUGGCAGAAUCAACCAGAUAAAACAAUUGACGGGACCACUUCUAGUAAACGGCUACACUAGGCUGUAAAAUUACUAAUGUCAGUUCUGAGUAGUGUG